AUGUUGAAACAUAUCACUGGGAAAAGUUCACCCAAUACAACUGAUGACACUUUUGUAUUCCACCAGAUUAUCUUUUACGAAGACAAGAACUUCCAGGGUCGGAGCUAUGAGUGCAGCAAUGACUGCACAGACCUUCACUCAUACUUCAGCCGCUGCAACUCCAUCAGGGUGGAGAGUGGCUGCUUCAUGAUCUAUGAACGGCCCAACUUUAUGGGUCACCAGUAUUUCAUGAGGAGGGGAGAGUAUCCUGACUACCAGAGGUGGAUGGGCUUCAGCAGCUGUAUCCGCUCAUGCCGGAUGAUCCCAGUGUAUAGAGGCUCCUACAGAUUGCGCAUCUAUGAGAAGCCCGAUUUCAGUGGUCACAUGAUGGAGUUCAUGGAUGACUGUCCCUGUGUGUCUGACCGUUUCCAUCACCGCCAUGUCUACUCCUGUAAUGUUAUGAAUGGCUACUGGAUCUUCUAUGAGUACCCCAACUACCGAGGCAGACAGUACUUCCUGAGAACUGGAGAGUACAGGAGGUACCGCGACUGGUGCGCCACCUGCGCCAUCGUUGGAUCCUUCAGGAGGGUCACAGAAUUUUAGCCAUCAAGCGAAACCUUGCU